CAAAAGAUUACCAUCACCAACGACAAGGGUAGAUUAUCCAAAGAAGAUAUCGAAAGAAUGGUUAACGAAGCUGAAAAGUAUAAGGAAGACGAUGAAAAGGAAGCCGCUAGAGUUCAAGCCAAGAACCAAUUGGAAUCAUAUGCCUACUCAUUGAAGAAUACCAUCAAUGAUGGAGAAUUGAAGGACAAGAUUUCCGCUGAAGAUAAGGAGAAAUUGUCCAAGGCUGUUGACGAAACUGUUACCUGGUUGGAUGGAUCCCACUCUGCCUCUACUGAAGAGUACACCGACAAACAAAAGGAGUUGGAGUCAAUUGCUAACCCAAUUAUUAGUGGAGCUUAUGGCGGUGCUGCUGGUGGUGCCCCAGGUGCUGGCGCUGGAGGAUUCCCUGGUGGAGCUCCAGGUGGAGGGGCUGCCCCAGGAGCCGGCGGUGAUGCUGGUGGUCCAACCGUGGAAGAAGUUGACUAA